UUGGGCACCAAAUCCAAACCCAUCUCUUGCUAUAUAACCAACCCACCUUCACCUCAUCUUCUUCAUCACAACACAACUACCUUGAUUUAUAGAGAGAUCUUCUAUAUCCAUUCACUACUCAGAAUCACCUCUUUCUAUUGUUGAUUGUUGUUUGGGUUUCGGAGAAAGAAAAUUAAGAAGAUGAGUCAUAUGGGGAAAGCUUGGUUAGUGGCAGCAAGUGUGGGAGCAGUGGAGGCACUCAAGGAUCAGGGCUUCUGCAGAUGGAACUACACUCUGAGGUCUAUUCACCAGCAUGCCAAGACCAACCUCAGGUCCUUUGCUCAGGCCAAGAAGCUCUCUUCUUCCUCUUCCGCCAUGGUUUCCAGCAGAGUGAGAGAGGAGAAGGCCAAGCAGUCAGAGGAGUCUCUGAGGACUGUCAUGUACUUGAGCUGCUGGGGACCCAACUGAAGAAGAAGAUAUGAAGAUGGAUGAUCAUCAGCCUGCUCUUGAAGCAUCCAGGGAGGGCAUAUUCCAAGAAAGUAACGGAAAAUUGAGAUGAAGAAGCUGCAGUGAAGCAAUUUCAUGGAAUUUUUGCUUGGAGACUCACGAAUUACAACCAAUUGCUCAGGGUUGGGAAAAUUGGAAUUGGUGUAAAUUGUGACUGGGUCUUUGUAAAACCCACAUCAUUUAGCUAGAAAAGCUUUGAAAAUACAUUUUAAUUUAAUUUAUAAUUUCUAUGUUAGAAUAUUA